AUGAGGGUUCAAGGUCUCAUCAAUGUUGGUAUUCUGCGAUUUGAUGGUGUUAGUAAUGUGGCUGAAAACCCUCUUCCUAACCAUACUGAUGGGAAUGUGAAUGUGGUGACAAAUGAAGAUGAAUGGCGAGCCAAAACCUGUGUUGCUGAAGUAAGGACGCCUUUGCGGAAGGUAUGGAAGAUGAUGGUUGAAAAGGAUUUGUUUUGUCCAUCCAAUAGAAUUUUCAUAGAAGAAAAUACAAAAGGUCAAAGUUUUUGUGACUUCCAUAGCGUCGAAGGGCAUGACAUCCAAUAUUGUGAGGAAUUCAGAAAACUACUUCAGGACAUGAUUGAUAAUAAGGAGGUCAAGAUUUUUGAUAAAAUGGAGGAAGCCGAGGAAAGGAAAAUAUGCAAAUCUGAUAAUCAACCAUUAGCUAUACUUUAUAGCGCCGAUCGACCUUUGGUGAUUUAUUAUGAGACGAAGAUGGAGGAAGUUAAACCAAUGGUGAUAAUCGGAGUGCCAUCUCUUUUCCUUUACAAAGACAAUAAGGUGGUACCAUGGAAAUAUGAUGUAAAUUUUGUUGUACCUAAAGAUGAAAAGUCAAAGGCUAUGAAUGAAGGCAUUAGCGGAGUAGGACACUUUACCCGCACCGGGAGGUGUUAUUCUGCCGAGAUGGUUGAACCAAGGAAGAAAGUCACUAACUUGAACCAGAAAGGAAAAGCACCGAUGCAUGAGGUUGAGGUCGAUGUUGAAAUGCCGUUUGAGCAAGAAGUUAAAAGACCUGCGAAUGAGGAGGAAGCACAUGAAUUUUUGAAGUUCAUUAAGCAUAGAGAAUAUAGCAUCGUGAAGCAAUUAAACAAGCAGCCGGCGCAAAUCUCGAUAUUAUCUCUAUUUUUGAACUCAGAGCCACAUCGAAAUGCUUUGCUAAAAGUGUUAAAUCAAGCUUAUGUGGCGAGCAAUUUGUCUGUCGAAAAGCUUGAUAGGUGGGUAAAUAACCUAAAUGCGGAUAAUUUCAUCUUUUUUAGUGAUGACGAAAUACCACCGAAUGGUAGGGGCUCUGUAAAAGUAUUACACAUCACAACCAGUUGCAAGGGUUACAUAGUACCGAAUGUGCUCAUCGACAAUGGGUUUGCACCCAAUGUCAUGCCUUUGGACACACUUUCUAAGAUGCCAAUUUAUAUUUCUUAUCUAAGGCCAUGUCACUCCACAGUAAAGGCAUUUGAUGGGACAGGACGGGAGGUUUUUGGAAAGAUCCAAAUUCCUCUAGAGGUGGGCAUAUGUGCAUAUGAUAUCGAGUUCCAAGUCAUGGACAUCACACCUUCAUAUAAUUUCCUUUUAGAGAGGCGUUGGAUUCAUUCUACUGGGCCAGUUCCUUCAUCUCUCUAUCAAAAAGUGAAGUUUAUCAUGGAUAGUAGCUUGAUUACUGUCGCUGGUGAGGAAGACAUCAUUGCAUCUAUCUCUGUUGAUACACCCUACAUUGAAGUAAGCAAGGGUACCGUAGAAUGUUCCUUUCAUUCCUUCGAAUUUAUCAAUGCCACAUUUAUUGCUAAAGGGAAUAAGAUUCCCACACCAAAGUUGUCAAGGAAUACCAAGAUGGGAAUUAAGCUGACUGUAGGAAAGGGAGUUCGAGUGAAGAAAGGUUUAGGAAGAUAUCAGCAAGGGAUAGUUAGAGCUUUGAAACCAAUACACCACAAGGUUUUAUGCGGUUUGAGGUUUGAGCCAGACAUACGUUAG